AUGUUAUACAUAGAUCAUCAAAUUUCACCAAAUAACAUGCUUUCAACAACUCCUCAACGGAAUAACCUUAUUUGCUACCUAUGCAAGCAGCUAGGACAUAUAAAGAGAAAUUAUCCUAAUAGUUUUAACGUUCUAAUUAAUAGCCAAAAUUAUCAAUAUAAUCAAACUACAGGAAGUAACAUAUCAAGUCCUACUCACCCAAUACAACCAACCGUUAACGUUGCUUCAGUAAAAAACCCUUUGAUUCCACCAAUAAAUAAUAUGGUUAAUCCCUACACGCUUCAACAAUUUUUUGAUCAACCUGCCAGCAUCACUAAUGGACACAAAGAAGCCAAAAGAUCCAAUUAUUGUGGAAGAAAAAAUGAGAACAUUGAAUUGAACUAUGUGAGUAGAUCUGAAAAGAGAGCCAUGGCAUUGUAUUGUGAUGCAUACAUUAAAAAUGUGAAAAUUUCGUUAAUAAUUUACUUUGGUUCUACUGGAUGUAUAAUUUCCCUAAAGUUGCUUAAAGACUUGGAUAUGGAGAUAACAGGAGCAUCUAAAAUAAUAAUGGUUAACGUAAACAGUGAAAAAAGAAGACCCUUAGAGGCUGUUACAG